UGUAUGACUAAAAAGGCCAUGAGUCCAUGACUAUUUCUUUAGGGACUGUAUGUAACUAUGUAUGAUUUCUGUUUGUUAGGGUUAGGGUUUUAAAAUCGAUUAUUUCAUUCUCUCAAGAUUUUUUUUUUCUUUUCUUUGAAUCGUUCCUUUUGCCAGUGAAAUAUCCAGUAUUGCUGAAGAUAGGUUUGUUUUGCACCCAUAGGCUGAGUCAAUUGGUUCCAUGGUUUCUUUAUUUGCAAACUUAGGGUUUAUUGUUGUCUGUGAUUGGUUGAGUUUCAGACUGUAGAGACUGGUUUGGGGUUGAGAGGAAUGCAGUUUUGUUUCCAAUCCAUAGUUUUAUAUACCCACCCAUAAACCAGUUUUGCUAAAGAGAAUUUCCUUUUAAAGGGUUCGUUGUUGUGAGAUAUCUGGUCUAGGGCUAGAUCCGCGGUCAAGAAAGCGGUUUUUCUGCAUCGACUAAUCUACUACAAGAAAGCUUUAUUGUUUUUGGUCCUUUUCGUUUUUCUAGAUUUUUGUUGAAUUUCUCCCUUCUAGGUUCGUCUGAUUAUUGUUUUUUCUUCAAUAUCUUGGGUGUCAUCAAUGCACUUGAGUUGAUUUUAGGUCAAAAGCAGGAAUCGUUCUCUUAAGUCUAGAAUAUAUGCAGUGCCAGGUUGAUGGAUAUCUUCAUGUAUUCCUUACUUUCAUACAACUUUUGUGUUGAUGGGGACAGAAUGCAUAAGAGCUUGUGUUAAAGGAGAGAAAAUUGAAAUUCCCACAGUUCCCCCAGGUUUUGUGUCAUUUACAUCAUUCACUUUGAAGAGGAUAGAUGAUAGUGAUGUCAUGACUAGUUGCAUGGCCUCCAGUGCAUCUGAACAACAGCCAAAUCAUAUGGAUAUGGAAGGUGAUAUUGAUAAACCAAAACUUACAAGGUGCCUUAGGCAGAGACCUUGGAUAAACUAUAGUCAAUUUGACAACAGCUCAGAUGAAUCUGAUUCUGAACAGUUUGAUCAGAACCUUUCUGCAAGGCCUCGCCUUCCAAGGGGCAUCAUCAGGGGUUGUUCAGAGUGCAAAAACUGUCAAAAGGUAACAGCAAGGUGGCAUCCAGAUGAAGCAUGCCGGCCUGUCCUUGGGGAUGCUCCUGUAUUUUACCCAACUGAAGAGGAGUUUAAAGAUACAUUAAAGUAUAUUGCAAGCAUACGCCCAAGAGCAGAGCCAUAUGGGAUUUGCCGCAUUGUACCUCCCUCUUCUUGGAAACCACCAUGCCCUCUUAAGGAAAAGAAUAUAUGGGAAAAUUCUAAAUUUGGUACUCGCAUCCAACGGAUUGAUAAGCUUCAAAAUCGGGAUUCACUGAGGAAAAUGUCUCGAAUUUAUACCCACCUGAAGAGGAAAAGGAGAAGAUGCAUGGGAAUGGGAUUCAAUUGUGUGACUGGUAAUACUAAUAUCAUUAAUGAAACUGCAUAUUAUGAACCUGAGAGAUUUGGAUUUGAACCUGGUCCAGAGUUCACUCUGGAAGCAUUUCAGAAAUAUGCAGAUGAUUUCAAGAUGCAGUAUUUUCACAACAAUGAUGAGAGUACAGAUGUGGGUGGUAAUCAGACUGUUCUUCAAAAGAAGUUGGAACCAUCAGUGCAGGAUAUUGAGAGCGAAUAUUGGAGAAUGGUUGAGAAGCCAACUGAAGAAAUUGAGGUGCUCUAUGGUGCUGAUCUAGAAACUGGAGUCUUUGGUAGUGGGUUCUUGAAAAGGUCCUCUCCAAUGAUGUGUUCCAAUAGUGAUGAGAAAUAUUUGACAUCAGGCUGGAACUUGAACAAUUUCCCAAGGCUUCCGGGUUCUGUUCUGUCCUUUGAAAACAGCGAUAUUUCUGGUGUCCUAGUGCCAUGGUUGUAUGUAGGCAUGUGCUUUUCAUCAUUUUGUUGGCAUGUUGAAGACCAUCACUUGUAUUCAUUGAAUUAUAUGCAUUGGGGUGCUCCAAAAAUGUGGUAUGGUGUCCCAGGGAGAGAUGCCCUUAAGUUGGAGAUGGCUAUGAAAAAACAUUUGCCUGACUUAUUUGAAGAACAGCCUGAUUUGCUUCAUAAGCUUGUAAGUCAGUUCUCUCCGUCCAUUUUAAAAUCUGAGGGAGUUCCUGUCUAUCGUUGUGUCCAGCACUCUGGGGAGUUUGUUCUUACCUUCCCUCGAGCAUAUCAUUCAGGAUUUAAUUGUGGAUUUAAUUGCGCUGAGGCAGUAAAUGUAGCGCCUGUUGAUUGGUUACCUCAUGGGCAAAAUGCUGUGGAGCUGUAUUGUGAACAGGGGCGAAAAACAUCCAUUUCCCAUGAUAAGCUGUUGCUUGGGGCUGCAAGGGAAGCUGUCAGGGCACAGUGGGAACUUUCAUUACUGAGGAAAAACACCAUAGAUAACUUAAGAUGGAAAGAUGCAUGUGGAAAAGAUGGGAUCUUAACAAAAGUUCUCAAGACACGCAUUGAGAUGGAGAAUGUUAGGAGGGAAUAUCUUUGCACACCACAAUCAAGGAAGAUGGACAUAAGCUUUGAUGCGACAAGUGAGAGAGAAUGCAGUGUAUGUCUAUAUGAUUUGCAUCUUUCAGCUGCUGGUUGUGAAUGUUCUCCUGACAAAUAUGCAUGCCUUAGUCAUGCAAAGCGGCUUUGUUCAUGUCCUUGGAGUGCUAAGUUUUUUCUCUUCAGAUAUGAAAUCAGUGAACUAAAUCUCCUUGUUGAAGCUCUGGAAGGGAAACUAAGUGCAAUAUACAGAUGGGCAAAAGUAGAUCUUGGACUCAAUUUGAGUUCUCAUGUCUCCAGAGAUAAAGUGCAAGUACCUGGGCUUGUCAGUAGUUCAUCCCAUUUGUUGGAAGGAACCUCACAAAAAGAGCAGGCAUCACAGGAUUCUUUAACUUUUACCAGUACUGCUGCUGGUUCUACUCCUAGAUUACAGCCAGUAAUUAAACCCCCUUUGUCCCAAGUGACAUCUUUGAAAGACCUGAAAGCGGCAAUCAGGGUCAAAGCAUCUGGUCUUGUAGCUAGUAUUUAUCCACAGCAGAAAGAGAAACCAUGUGAAUCUGUGUCAAUUGUUAAGAACAAUAUUGAGUCAUGUGUACCAGAUAAACCUGAACAUGAUAAAGAAUCAGCAUGUCAUAGCUUGAUCGCAUCAGCUUCCAAUGCAAGUAGUUCAGUUUGUCAACUCUCUCGGGAAGACUUGUCAUACACUGAGCUUCCUCAAGGUUUUUCUAGUCAAAAGAACACUUCUGGUUGUGCUGACUUAGGUCUGAUAGGGAAGCCUUCAAGCGACUUAGCUGUGGUAGAACCUAAAGUGAACAACAUAACAAAGUCUGGGGAUGGUAACAUUAUACUUCUUAGUGAUGAUGAGGAUGAAGAGCUACAUGGGCAAUUAUCACAUACGACACUGGGUUCUUCAAAGGACCAGGAAGUUUCUAAGAGACUAUCAAACUGUGAUGACAAAGUGAGUGCAUGUGAUUACCCAAAAGAUCAAGUCUUACAAACACCAGAAACUAAUGCAUCAGUAAUGAAUGAAGAUGAUAUUAGUUUGUUAGCAGAUGUUGGAAAGGAGGAUGACUCUUCUUGUCAAUUGCAUGUAAAAGUUGAAGACUCUGAAAAAGCUAAAACAUGCAUGGCAUACAACUUCAUGAUGCAGAAGGAUACUUCAACAGGAUCCUUCCAUCAGAACCUAACUUGCAAUGUAGGUUCUCCAACUGCAGAUUCUGAAAAAAAUAUUCAGGGACUCUCUUCUACUCAAGCCACUGGCAAAUGUAAUAUGGCUAAUGUAGAGAGCUGCUUUCCACCAUAUGACAGUGGAACGUCAGCCAAGGAUAAAGAUGAAAAGAUGGGGAUACAUGUCAAACCAAAUGUGGAAAGAAUGCCACCAGUUAUGGGAACUCUGUCUUCUGGCCCAAAUAAUCUGGAUAGGUAUUUCCGUCAAAAGGGUCCUCGCAUUGCAAAGGUAGUAAGAAGGAUUAGCUGUAAUGUUGAACCUCUGGAUUUUGGUGUUGUGAUUUCUGGAAGUUUGUGGUGUAAUAGUCAGGCCAUAUUCCCAAAAGGGUUUAGGAGUCGAGUUACAUACCUAAGCGUUCUAGAUCCAACAAAAAUGAGCUACUAUGUUUCAGAAAUCCUGGAUGCAGGAUGGAUUGGGCCCCUAUUUAUGGUUACUGUAGAACAUUGUCCUAGUGAGGUAUUCAUACAUGUCUCUGCUGCCAAAUGCUGGGAGCUGGUAAGAGAGAGAGUGAAUCAAGAGAUAAGAAAACAACAUAGUUUGGGGAAAGCGAAACUUCCUCCGUUGCAGCCUCCUGGCAGCCUUGAUGGCCUUGAGAUGUUUGGGUUCUCAUCUCCGGAAAUCAUUCAGGGCAUAGAAGCAAGGGACCCAAAUCGGGUUUGCAUGGAGUACUGGAAAUUCAGGUCCCAAAAUCAGAUCCUACCACAUUGUCAACCUGGAAAUGUAGUAGAUCACAAACCGAGGAUCAAGGAGGAUUUUAGUGAUCAAGAAGCUGUUGCAGGCACUGGAAACCUACCUUCAGUCGGAGUUGAUACAGUACUCAGAGGCCUCUUCAAGAAGGCAAACCCAGAAGAACUAUAUUCAUUGUACAGCAUACUGAGUGACAACACUAAACCAAUAGCUGAUCAAAGACUUGUGACUCAGCUUCUCAACGAAGAGAUACAGAAACGCCCAAGAUAAUUUUUUGACCGGUCUCACAAAAGAUUGAGACCGGACUUAUUGAUGCAAUUUUAGCUUUUCUGAUGCUGAAUUGGGAUUGUAGAAGCAUUGUGAUCUUCCCAUCCAAUGUAAAAUUUUCCAUGAAUUUGGUACAGUAUGGAUGCAUCAGCAAAGAAGCUGAAAAUUCUUGGCGUGCCCAUCCUCUGGCAAAAUGAUCCUGUGGCUGACCUUUCUUUUUUUUUUUCCAAUAUGGUCUCAAAUCAUUCUUGGUCAUUUUAGCAAUGACGCUGCUGCUAUAUAUACCACAUUUUUUCCUAGAUAAUGAAUUAAUUGUAUUAACAAAUUGUAAUA